GCUGACGGCAGCGGCUGACAGGGCCGCGAGGGCCGCUGCGGCGCUGAAAGGCAGGCGAUGCAUGCGCAAUGGACCCCGAAGGCAACAACAACAUCACGAAGCAGUCUUUCCUCUUACAACCUUCGAUCUGCUAUCUUUAGCUAUUGUAUCACAAGCGAAGGCACCAGCGUCCCUUACGACUUGGCAGGGGUGGAAACAAACCAUCGACUUCCAUCUCUCGACUCCUUCACAUCCAGGGGCAUCUCAUUACCAAUCCCCCGAACCAUACACCCACAUAUAAAGACACGCGAAGCCUAGCUUCGCCAACCAUCGCUCUCACCAUGUCCAACAACGACUCCUCCGACACAAGCUACGUCAAAAUGUCCACCGCCGACGUCGCCUCGCCCUCCUCGGGCGCCAGCGCCGGCACCGACGCCAGCCUAAUCGGCAAGCACUGCCAGCUCGAAUACUGCAACCAACUCGACUUCCUCCCCUUCCUCUGCCAAUCCUGCCACAAGACCUUCUGCCUCGACCACCGCUCCGAGUCAUCACACAACUGCGCCUGCGCAGGAGCCUGGGCCGAGCGGCGCCGGCUCGCCCAGCUCGCCCGGCCCUCAGCCGGCGAAGGCAAACGCAUGCGCGAGCUGGUCUCGCAAAAACCGUGCGCCGAAGACGCCUGCAAGACCAUCGUCGGCACUUCCUUGGUCCCUGGCGUGCACUGCCCCUCUUGCAACCGGGAUUACUGCCUCAAGCACCGGCUGGCCGAGGACCACGACUGCAAAUCCAAGGUUCCCAUCGGGGCGUGUGCCGCAUCGGCCGCUGCCACGGCUGCCGCGGUGCAAGCGAGCGCCAAAAGCGCGCUCGAACGGUUCAAGCUGUGGGGAAAAACGAAGCGCGAGGAGGCGGCAAGAUCGCUGCCGAAACCGAAACCGAGUACGGCUGCGCAAAGGAUUAUUGCUGUCAACACGCUGAAGAAGACGGCGAAGGGGGAUGAGAAGAUCCCCGCCGAGAAGAGGAUAUAUCUGUAUGUGGAGGCGGAAAACGAAACGGCCAAGGCGAAGAUCCCCAAGGGCGAGUUCUUCUAUAAUAAGGAGUGGGUGGUGGGGAGGGUGCUGGAUGCGGCGGCGAGGAGUCUGCAGGUGCAGAAUAUCAAUAAUCAGUCGAGUAAGGAGGAGGAUCGGUUACGGGUUUUCCAUGUGGAGGGCGGGAGGAUGUUGGAGUUCAAUGAGAAGAUCGAGAAGGUGUUGGUGAAUGGGAAUACGAUUGUGUUGUUGAGGGGGGUGGGGCCGCCGCCGGAUUUGAUUGAGAUGUGAGGGAGGAUGGCUGAUGGUUGGAGGAUUGGGGGAGCAGGAGUUCUUUCUUCCUUUUCUUUGGCAUGUUUUGACAGCAUAGCGACGACUAGGGCACUUCCUGAUACCAAGUGCUGGAAUAGGGAAGUUUCGGCGCAUUUUUAUAGAUGACUUCACAUGUCAUGAUACUUUGUGUAACUUGGAUCAAUCUCCAAAGAUUUUAUACAAGAAUGGGUACAUAAAA